CUCCCUCUCUCUGCUCUUCAGUCCCACUCGAAGCUAACAAGAACCGUGGAAGAUGCUGUUGGACCGACCCACAGAGCAACGCUAGCUCUGUCGGCCUCUGCCCCGGUUCUGUGAGCCCGUGUGUCGCCGGUACCGGGCUAGCUGUCCCGCUCAGGGUUUGGGGUCCCGGUCGCUGCGGCGGUGGACUGGCUGGGUGGCCAUGUAGCUCCGUUAGCAUGUAGCGGCUAACGGGCGACUUUCCUCCGCCGUUAGGCUCAUUAGCAGGAGUCCGUCUGCUAGCUCUGGUUUUUUUUGGGGGGGGAGGUGGGAGGAUCUGUGUAAGCCAGUGAGUGAGCGCCGCAGUUAGAUAACCAGGUUUCCUCUCAGUAUGUGUCGGUGUGUUGAAACGGCUCAGUUCCAGUUGCGGAGCCGUUUUCGGUCGAUCUUUUUUUUUUUUUCAGCCCACAGCUAGUAGUAGUAGCAGCGUAGCGCUGCUAGCCGGAUGCUAACGGGCUCCGAUGUCUUUGUUUCCCAGCAGCAAACUGCGGGUCGGCGGCGGCCGUUAGCGGCGUUAGCUGGUAGGCUGUAGCGGGCUUUUAUGGGGAUCUUUUAUUGUGCCAAAGAGGACGGAUAAGACAGGAUCUGGGCUGGGUUUUUAAACUGUGGUCGGCUGACAUGCAGCGCUGCCUUCAGUGACCUUGGUAUCAUCACCCCACAUCAGAAAUCGAUCAAAAAAAGAAGAAGAAGAAGAAGAAGAAGCCCUACAGCUGGUUCCGACACAAGGGUUACUAUGGCCCUCAGUUCAGACUGCAGGCAGAGGGUCGUCUACCUGCUCCUCCUGUCAGGAUGCAUUGCUUCUUCUCAGAGGAACGACAACGUCUACGUGUCUGGAUUUUCCAAUGCCUGCGGAGACGUAGCGGAGCUCCUGCGGGCGUCGAGCGGCGUCAUCACCAGCCCCGGCUGGCCCUUCCAGUACCCAGCCAGGCUGAACUGCAGCUGGAACAUCAGGGCGCGAGCCGGAGACUCCAUCACCAUCAGUUUCCAGGAUUUUGACCUGCAGGGUUCCCACCGCUGCACCUCAGACUGGAUGUCCAUCAGCAGCUACCGGAGCCUGGAUGGCCUGCGCGUCUGCGGCUCCUCCCUGCCGCCCCCUUACAUCUCGUCCCAGGACCACGUGUGGAUCCACUUCCACUCAGACGACAGCCUGACAGGCAAAGGCUUCAGGCUGUCCUACAUCACCGGUAAACCAGAGGCGGCCAGCUGUGACGUGGACCAGUUCCACUGCUCCAAUGGGAAGUGCAUCCCAGACUGGUGGCGCUGUAACUCCAUGGAUGAGUGCGGGGACAAUUCGGAUGAAGAGCUGUGUGUGGACUCGCCGUUUUCCUUCCAGCCCUGCAACCUGAACCAGUUCCCCUGCCUGUCCCGGUACACCCGCAUCUACACCUGCCUGCCCCACAGCCUGCGCUGCGACGGCAGCAUCGACUGCCAGGACCUCGGCGAUGAGAUCGACUGUGACGUUCCCACUUGUGGGGAGUGGCUGAGGAACUUCUAUGGUUCGUUCAGCUCUCCAAACUACCCCGACUUUUACCCACCAGGAAGUAACUGCACCUGGCUGAUCGACACCGGAGACCACCGGAAGGUCAUCCUCAGGUUCACCGACUUUAAACUGGACGGCACGGGUUACGGCGAUUACGUUAAAGUCUACGACGGGCUGGAGGAGAACCCUCGGCGCCUCCUCAGGGUGUUGACUGCGUUUGACUCCAGAGCGCCAGUAGCCGUGGUUUCAUCGUCCGGUCAGCUCAGAGUCCACUUCUAUGCUGACAAGAUCAACGCCGCCAGAGGCUUCAACGUCACCUAUCAGGUGGACGGGUUCUGCCUGCCCUGGGAGGUUCCCUGCGGGGGGAACUGGGGCUGCUACACCGAGCAGCAGCGCUGCGACGGCUACUGGCACUGUCCGAACGGUCGGGACGAGCUGAACUGCUCCUCCUGUCAGGAGGACGAGUUCCCCUGCUCCAGGAACGGAGCCUGCUACCCUCGGUCCGACCGCUGCAACUAUCAGAACCGCUGUCCCAACGGCUCGGACGAGAAAAACUGCUUCUUCUGCCAGCCUGGAAACUUCCACUGCAAGAACAAUCGCUGCGUGUUCGAGUCGUGGGUUUGCGACGCGCAGGACGACUGCGGCGACGGCAGCGACGAGGAGAGCUGCCCCAUCAUCGUUCCCACCAGAGUCAUCACCGCAGCCGUCAUCGGCAGCCUGAUCUGCGGCCUGCUGCUGGUCAUCGCCCUCGGCUGCACCUGCAAGCUCUACUCGCUGCGCAUGUUCGAGCGCAGGUCAUUUGAGACCCAGCUCUCCAGGGUGGAGGCGGAGCUUCUGAGGAGGGAGGCCCCGCCUUCCUACGGCCAGCUGAUUGCACAGGGUCUGAUCCCACCUGUGGAGGACUUCCCAGUGUGUUCUGGCAACCAGGCGUCCGUCCUGGAAAACCUCCGUCUGGCUGUGCGCUCUCAGCUCGGCUUCACCUCCAUCAGGCUCCCCUCCUCUGGUCGCCAUCGCAACCUGUGGCGCAGACUCUUCACCUUCUCGCGGUCUCGGCGUUCCGGCUCGCUGGCGCUCGUCUCCGCUGACCUGGAGGACAGCUCUGGCACCGGAAGCACCGGCAGUUCUGGCUCAGACCUGCUGUCCCCCGACUCCGAUGACACUGACACAGAGGGAGAGCGAGGCCGGGAGCGUGGAGUGGGGGCUGUGGGUGGGCCCGUCGCCCCGCUCCCUCACAAAACCCCGCCCCCGUCAGCCGUGGAGGCCGUAGUGUCGGUGGCGGCGUCGGUAACCUCCACGCCCAGCCGAGACCAACACCGUGACCGCCCCAGAGAAACCCCGCCCCCCUCCAGCCCCGUCACCGUGCUGACGUCCAGCUCCGAUCCCGAAUGCCACAGAGAAGGCCCCGAGCCCCAGCGCCCUUCGUCCUCCGCCCUGCAGCGCCUGGCCCAGAACCUGCACCGGCUCGCCAGGAAUCUGACCAGAACUAACCAGAGCCAGCAGAACCAGCCGCUGACCAAUCACAGCCCGCUGCGCCAGCUGGAGACCGGAAGAAGUGGCGCUGAAGCCACCGAGCGACGGGGGAGCAGAGAGGAAGAGGAAGACGUUGAGCUCCUCAUCCCCGUCUCUGACUCUGACUCAUCCUCCUCCUCGUCUUCGUCGCUCAGCGACAUACGACAGCCUCUGCUGGAGCCGCACCCAUCCUCCGCUGCAGGUCCCGUCCCCCUCCAUCAGCGCGCAAUGAGCGGACGGGGAGGGCGGGACGGCACCUGCGAACAUUGCGGGAUGGUCCACACCGCUCAGAUCCCUGACGCCUGCCUCGAGGCCACGGGCAAAACGGAGAGCAGCGACGACGAGCUGCUGCUGCUGUGCUAACAGGCUAACCUGCCAGCUAACAUGCUAACUGUCCCACAUUUUUUUUCUCCUCCUCAUACGCUGGCUAACGUGCUAACUGAUCCGCUAACAAGACAAAACGCCAACCUCCAAGUAACAUACUGAUGCGUCUCUUAGUUUUACCCCCUGGUUAGCCAAAAUGCUAACUUAAGGACUGCCGUUCUUUUACCCUAAAGCUGCAGCAAGCCGACUCUCUAAACCUUACACU